GCGCCUCCUCCGCGGCUCUGGUUCCAGCCGAGCCUCGCCGACGCGGAGAUGGAAAUCCCGAGGCUGCUCCCGGCUCGCGGGACGCGACAGGGCGGCGGCGCUGGCAGCCCCGCGGGCGGCGGCCGGGUCCACGGAGGCCUUGAUCCGCGGGCUGGCCAGGCCCCCGCGCGCCGCCUCCUGCUGCUCCGUGGCCCCCAAGAUGGCGGGCCCGGGCGGCGGCGCGAGGAGGCCCGCGCAGCCUCACGGGGCCCGGGCCCGAGCCCGGUGCCGCCGAGGCCCGAUCACGCUGGCGGCGGCGGCGGCGGCGGCGGCGACGACGACGGCGGCGGCGGCGACGACUUUUUCCUGGUGCUACUGGACCCGGUGGGUGGCGACGUGGAGACCGCGGGCGCCGGCCAGGCCUCAGGGCCUGUGUGGAGGGAGGAGGCCGAGCCGGGCCCACGGCUCCAGGGGGGUGAGAGCGGCGCGAACCCCGCGGGCCACCCUGCGCCGGGCUCCCGCUGCCUGUCCUCGGUCCCGGCCCCGGCCCCGAUCCCGAUCCCCGCCCCAGGCCUGGGCCCCGCCGCGGCCUUCGCGGGCACCGUCACUAUCCACAACCAAAACCUGCUGUUGCACUUCGAGAACGGCGUCCUCACCCUGGCCACGCCCCCGCCGCCAGCCUGGGAGCCUGGGGUCGCGCCUGCCCCGCAGCCCGGGGGUCUGAUCGCCCCGCAGGCGGGGUUCCCGCAUGGCGCGCAGCCCGGCGACUGCCCCGAGCUGCCUCCUGACCUUCUGCUGGCCGAGUCGGCCGAACCCGCGCCGCCCCCGCCGCCCGAGGAGGAGGCGGAGGGCCAGGCCGCUGCCGAGAGCCCCCGCGGGCCGCUGGGCCCGGGCCCGGGCAUAGUGCUGUACCUGUGUCCCGAGGCGCAGUGCGGACAAACCUUCGCCAAGAAGCACCAGCUGAAGGUGCACCUGCUGACGCACAGCAGCAACCAGGGCCAACGGCCCUUCAAGUGCCCCCUGGGCGGCUGCGGCUGGACCUUCACCACCUCGUACAAGCUCAAGAGGCAUCUGCAGUCACACGACAAACUGCGGCCCUUCGGGUGUCCGGCGGAGGGCUGUGGCAAGAGCUUCACCACCGUGUAUAACCUCAAGGCACACAUGAAGGGCCAUGAGCAGGAGAACUCUUUCAAAUGCGAAGUGUGCGAGGAGAGCUUCCCCACGCAGGCCAAGCUCAGCGCCCACCAGCGGAGCCACUUUGAGCCGGAGAGGCCCUACCAGUGCGCGUUUUCUGGCUGCAAGAAGACAUUUAUCACCGUGAGUGCUCUGUUUUCCCAUAACCGCGCCCACUUCAGGGAGCAGGAACUCUUUUCCUGCUCCUUUCCUGGCUGCAGCAAACAGUACGACAAGGCUUGUCGGCUGAAAAUUCACCUGCGGAGCCACACUGGUGAGAGACCUUUCCUUUGUGACUUUGACGGCUGUGGCUGGAACUUCACUAGCAUGUCCAAACUGUUAAGGCACAAAAGGAAGCACGACGAUGACCGGAGGUUCACGUGCCCUGUGGAAGGCUGUGGGAAAUCUUUCACAAGGGCUGAGCAUCUGAAAGGCCACAGCAUAACCCACCUGGGAACAAAGCCCUUUGUGUGCCCCGUGGAAGGCUGCUGUGCCAGGUUCUCUGCUCGAAGUAGCCUCUACAUUCACUCCAAGAAACACUUGCAAGAUGUGGACACUUGGAAAAGCCGUUGCCCAGUCUCCACUUGCAAUAAACUCUUCACCUCCAAGCACAGCAUGAAGACCCACAUGGCCAAAAGGCACAACCUCGGCCAGGAUCUCUUAGCUCAGUUAGAAGCGGCAAAUUCUCUUACGCCCAGCAGUGAACUUGCCAGCCAGGGACAGAGUGAUCUCAGUGAUGCAGAGCUAGUGUCUCUCUUCUCUGACGUGCCUGGCAGUAGUUCUGCUGCAGUGCUAGACACGGCAUUGGUAAACUCUGGAAUCUUGACUAUUGAUGUGGCUUCGGUGAGCUCAACUCUGGCAGGGAACCUUCCUGCUGCUAAUAAUAGUUCCUUAGGGCAGGCUCUGGACCCUCGGGGCUUGAUGGCCACCGGUGACCUUCCUCAAAGUCUGGAUACCUCUCUCUUUUUUGGAACGACAGCCGCCGGUUUUCAGCAGAGCCCCUUAGGUAUGGAUGAUGUCUCAAGUCUAAGCGCGGGGCCAUUGGGAUCUCUGGGAUCUUUGGCUAUGAAAAACUCAAGUCAAGAGCCCCAAGCUUUGACCCCCAGCAGUAAGCUAACAGUAGACACAGAUGCUCUGACUCCUUCAAGCACCCUUUGUGAAAACAGUGUCUCAGAUCUACUGACACCAACCAAAGCAGAAUGGAACAUACAUCCUGACUCUGACUUCUUUGGACAGGAGGAAGAAACCCAGUUUGGAUUCUCCAAUCCAGCAGGAGCCCAUGGUUCUCAGAAAGAAACAGAUCUUACCACAGUGACUGGCAGCUCAUUUUUGGUAUGAACUACAUUCAUUCCUCGUCAUAUGGCUUACUUUUACUAAUUACACUCAAUUUUAAGGGUAUUCUGGACUAAAUGUUUAAAUGCAGUCGUUUCUUGUAGGUUUGGAAAAAAACAGAGCCCUGGGCUACAAGUUUGGAGAUUUAAAUUCUGAUUCUGAGUCUAGAACUGACAAGUUGUGUGACCCCGAGCAAGUCACUUCACCUAUCUGAGCCUUAAUUUCCUUAUUUAUAAAAUGAGGUGGUUUGAGUAGAUCGUUUCUAAGGUAUUUUCAGCUUUGUGAUUCCUUGAUAAUAUGCUUCUUUCCUUGAAAAAAUUUAGGACAUUUUUCAGUGAUGGUGUUGCAUGUGCUUUUUUUCCCCAAACAUGCAUAAAAUACAUAUAUUGAACAUCUAUUUGCUUGGCACCCAACUUCAACUAUUAUCAACUCACAACAGUCUUGUUUAUCUGAUCUCCACUCUCACCCUCUUCCAGUAUUAUUUUGGAAUAAAUUCUAGACAUCACAUUAUUUCAACCAUAAAUAUUCCAUAUAUGGUUCUAUAAAGAAUGGGCUUAACAAUAAUUCCUUAAUAAAUAUCCAGUUAGGGUUCCAACUUCCAAUUGUCUCAUCAAUGCUACUACUUGUUUUAAUAUUCUGAGUAAUUAGAAUCCCAGUAAGUCUCUUAAGUCUGUAAUCUGUUUCCCCUUUGUCUCUUUCUUUCCUUGCAAUUUUAUUUGUUGAAGAAAUAAGGUUGUUUCACAUGUAGCAUUUGCCAUAAUCUUAUGUUUUGGUGAUUAUAUCCCUUUGGUGUUAAUUUUCUCUAACAUGUCUUUCAGUAAUUUGGUCAUUGGAUCUAGAGACUUGAUCAGAUUGGAAAUGUGAUUUUUGGGGCAGGAAUGUUUCAUAGGUCCUCCUGUGUUUUUUAUAAGCUGGCACAUAAUGUCUAGUUUUCUCUCUCUUUGGGGUAUUUGCAACUGCUGUUGAUCAGUGCAUUAAUUCAUGAUUUUCUGUCCUUUGGAUAUCAUGAAUUGUUCUUGUAGAGUUACUGUUAGCAGAGGAAGAAAUGCUGUUUAAGGCAUUUAUAAAAGUUUAACAGAUAUAUUAUUCAAUGCCAAAAUAUUUUCUUAAAUGAUGACAGAACUAACAAGAAAAAAGAUAUCAAAAAUAUAUGUUGGCUAUCUCAUUGUUUAUCUUCCUGACCUCUUCUGAUGGUUGGAGGCUUUGUUGUUGUAGAAAUUACCAGCCAGGACUUUAACAUGAAACAGACCCAGGGUCAAAUUUGUGUUGGAUAAGUGGCCUUGAAUAAAUGUCUCACUAAGCAUCAGUUUCUUAGCUGUCAAAUGGUCAUAGCAAUGCACACACAUAGCUAACACACCUUAGAGUUUUCUUCUUUUCUAGUUUUUAAUAUGUAAGAAACGAUAUUGUGUGCUUUGGCAUAUUUUAUUGAAUUUAUAUAAUCUUUUUUACCCUCUCAGUCCUUCCUGCUGUAAGGAAGAACUUGGAAUAAUUUAAUCCUAUUCAGACAGUAAUGGUUGUAUGGUUCAGGUGAAACAGUAUAGGGAACCUCUUUAUUCCUUCCACUAAUUUUCCCCCAGGAAUUUCUGUGGAGAAAUGCUAGGAGUGGAGACAUUGCUCACAGGUAUCUCUGCAUCCCUCUCCAUUAGAUCAGUUUGUCACCAUCUUUGUUCUGCUUUCAAAGUCAGACUUCACUGUGACUGUGGAGUCUGCUGUUGCAUGAAACUCAUAAUGGAGCAGAGAAGGUUUCCUCUUCUCUCUGGUCUGGCAAGCUCAUUGUUUCCACUUUCCCAAAGUUAGAAUGAAGGAUUGAAUCUGAAUAUUGUGUAAACUGUGUGUCUUAUAUGAGUAUCAUUUUGAAUUUUUGAAACAUCUUCACAACCGGUAUCUUAUUUCUUGUUCAGAUCAGCCCUGUGUGGUAGUUUUGGCAAAGCCCAUGCUAUCACUUAUAUGACAGUUUAACCAACUCAUAUUCCAAAUGGGCUUUGGCUAGUGACAGUUCUAUAUAUAGCUUAAAAUAAAGAAGAAAAAUUAUUUUCACCUCUCCUUUCCCAUUCGUCCAACUUUCAUAAUUCAUUCCUGUCAUAACUAGCUGCUCUUUUACAUUUAAUCGGUUUUUGUUACUUUCUGCUUUCUUUCUUCCCAUUCUCCCUUGCAUGUGCAUUCCAGUCCUUGCCAUGCCUUUCUUCUUUUUUAAUGGAUUUAUCUACCCCACCACUAUUUCUCAGACCUUCUCCUCAUGGCCCAUUUUCUUCCAAUGAUGACAUUUGUUGCGUGUAGACUACAGUUCUAUGUGUGCUGUAAGAAGUUAUUUUAUGAGCUUAGAUAAUACUGUGUUCAUAUAUGACUCAAAUGAUAAAAGAGAUUAUUUUCUAUACUGUUAAGAUGAGAAGUGGAUUUCUGUUUCAUUAUUUCCAUUUUUUAAAAGUUUUUGCCAAGGAGUUCUGCUAACUAAUACUCGUUAUUUGCUCUAGUGUACUAGUCCAGUAGUGUUUGCAUGUGAAUGUCUAUAGAUGACAGUUAUUGUAGCAAUUUGGCAGUGCACUAAAAAUUUGCCACUUUGAAAUGUUUCUGUACUGUUUGUGUUUGUGGGUAUAUACACACACACAUAUUUUUUAAAGUGGUUGUAUUCAUGUAGUGAAAAACAAAAAGUAGCAUAAUUUUGUAAAUCAGAGAAAUGCUCAGACUUUCAUUAUGUCUACUUAUUCAAUUGUUUUCUUUCUUUGCUUUGGAAAUAUUUGUAUUCAUAAAGCACAUUUCGAAAAUAUUGUCAUUCAUUAAGGCCUCUUAAAUAGACCACUAUUUUAAGUGUCUGGCAGAUACAUGUCUCGAGGAUUGAAUUGAACACACACGUAGCAAACAUCAAAUAAAUUAUUUAAAUAUGAAAAGAAUUUAAUACUGUGACUUCAUUUUUUCAAUCCCUUAAACCGACUUCCUCCCAAUAAAAAAUCAUAAAAUAUAUUUUUUUCUACUUAUUGUUGGAAUGUUCAAAGGACAAAUGUUGCUUUUCUCAAAAAUAAAAGCUUUUAUUUGUCCACGGGCUCAAUUUCAUUGAACAAAUCUGUUCAAAUAAUUUAUCUUUCAAUACCAUUUUCUAGAAAAGUGGUGAACCCCUUUAUACUUUCAAGGUAAGAAGUUUAAUUUGUGUUGGUGGUGGCAUAAAGUUGCCAUCACUCCUUUUAAAUAAUAGUAUGUGUUUUAACUUAAUCAUGUUUCCUUUCUGCUUCCCCUCAGUCACCGUCUGUUUCUAGGGACUGUGCUGAUCAUAAAUUAAUAAUGGAGUUUUACCAAUUAAUAUAAUUGAUAUAACUCAAGGCUUGAGUAGCAGGGCUAAAAGGUGGAUAGAUUAUAAAGUUUAUUUGUCUCUGUGACCUAAACUUUUUAUGUUCUUAUCCAGGAAACAUAUGAGAAAGCAAUUUGUUACCUGGAGUUUCCACUGUAUUUAUUUGAAAUUAACAAAUAUUUAUUAAGCAUCAUUGUGAAAAAUAUAACAUUGAGGGUUCUAUGAGAAGAGUAAUAUGCAACUCUGACCUUUAAGGAGAUUACAAUUGAUGGGAAGAGAUAGAAAAACAUAUAUUGAACAAUUGGAGAACAAAAACGGAAAAAGCUUAAUUUGGUACCAAAAUGACUGAGAAGCGAAAAAAAACAGGAUAAUUAAGAGUUUAUUCUGGACACUGUUGAAAGCCAGUGAAUAUGUUUUAACAGAGGAGUCAGAUCAUGAAACUGUCAUCUUAUAAAGGUUAAUGUAAUGGAAGUGUACAAUGUGGAUUAGAUGGGAGAGAACGGAAUAGGAAGAUUAGUGAGAAAGCUUUUGUAGUAAUUCACGUGUGAUGUAAUGAAGCAUGAAGCCUGGACUAGAAUGGUGUUAGUGGGAAAGAAAAAGAAGGAUCAGAUAUUGAAGAUGUUUUCAAAUUCAGGAAGGAGUAUUACUUAGUGCCUCAUUAGGGAGAUAAAUAGAUAUCAUCAUAGAGAGACAGAGAGAAAUCAGGAAUGAUAAUUCAGAUUUCCUUGGGGAAAAUAUUACAAUAAUAUUUUUACUAACAAAAUGAGAGAAAUAAGGAGAAGUGCUUUUCAGAAAUGAUUGUGUAAAGAUGGUGUUUAGUUAAAUGAUAAUUGAUAAAUCAUGGUUAUUCCUGCAUAAGCUAUCCAUAUUUUGGUUCAUCCACUUUCUAGAUGACAACAGGGGGCCACUACCUUUUUCAUGGUUCCCUGAGGCAUGCUCAGAACUACCUAUAGUUAUGAUCCUUUUACUUCUCUUUGAAUUACCAGAGGCCGCCUCAUCUUGUCUUGAAUGAUCUAGAUCUGCACUGACCAGUACGGUAACUACUAGUCAUAUGUGGCUGUUCAGCACUUGAAAGGUGGCUAGUAUUACUGAGAGACUGAAUUUUUAAUUAAUUUACAUUUAAAUUUAAAAACUGAAACAAUUCAAAAUGUUUUUCUGUUAAACAUCACUUUAUUGUUUUAGUAGGAUUAAAUUUCACAUUAACCAUUGAAAACAUAGCAUCCAAAUUGAGAUGUCCUGUAAAUAAGACAUUUUGAAAGCUUAGUACAAAAAUUUAAAAUAUUUCAUUAGUAUUUUAUAUAGAUUACACAUUGAAUAAUAUUUGAAUAUUUUUUCAGCCUAUUGAGGUAUAAUUGACAAAAUUGUAAGAUAUUUAAAAUGUACAUUGCAGUCAUUUGGUAUAUAAUUGUGAAAGGAUUACCACCAUCUAGAUAAUUAACGCAUCCAUCACCUCACAUAUUUAUCCUUUUUUGUGAGAACGUUUUCUAUUAAAUAUAUUUACUUACAGAAAAUAUUAAAAUU